AUGGCCGACGUUGACAUGACCGACGCUCCCGUCGAGAAGAAGAAGCUCGCCAAGGGCGGUGACGCCGACAGCAAGGGCGAUAAGAAGCGCUUCGAAGUCAAGAAGUGGAACGCCGUCGCCCUCUGGGCUUGGGAUAUCGUCGUCGACAACUGCGCCAUUUGCCGAAACCACAUCAUGGACUUGUGCAUUGAGUGCCAGGCCAACCAAGCAUCUGCUACCAGCGAGGAGUGUACCGUUGCUUGGGGUAUUUGCAACCACGCUUUCCACUUCCACUGCAUCUCACGUUGGCUGAAGGCCCGUCAAGUCUGUCCGCUCGACAACCGUGACUGGGAGUUCCAAAAGUACGGCCGAUAA